CACAAAUUUGGAAGAAAAGAUAAAGAAAAAGACAAGAUUAAAAGACUGACAAAACAAGACAUUACUACAUAAGUGGGAGCCGUUACAAAAGCAAUCCCACUCCCACUGCUGAACUGGACUGGACCAGUCCACCACCGUGGAAAUUGUUAGUACGAAUCCAGGAGAGAUACAUAGCCAAACACAUGAGCACGAAGACAAGUUGUGGUUAAGUUAUUUAUUGAGUGUGUCAUCAUGACUGUAAAGCAGAGGACCAAUCGUAAGUCACCUGGAAGCACCAAUGCUGUUCCAAGAUCAGAUACCAGAAAUGGAUCAGAAAGAGAAAGUGCACGAUCAGGCAUCCGAAUAGACUGGCGACGCAUAAUAACUCGAAUGUUGAUGAUGACUGCAAUCAUGGUGGCUGUGUACUUCAGUAAAGCAAACAAGACGGUGCAGUUUGCAAAGCAAGAUGAGGAAAUUGGCAAGAAGUUUGUUGAAAUUAGUUGUUCAGAAGAUUAUGCUGAGGAACUCAGACAGUUUAGAGGCUGUACUCCCAGAAAGUGUGGUAGAAUGGUGUCAGAUUCCCUGAUAAAACCAGGCGAAGUAGCAGCUCUUCGUAACAUUGCUGAGCGAGGCCUUGCCUUAGGAGGGUCUUCAGGUGGGGCAUCCAUCCUGGAUUUACACUCUGGAGCUCUGUCACAAGGCAAUGCAUUUGUUAACAUAUACAAGCUUGAAACAUCCAGAAAAAUUUUUACAGGUGAAGAUUUCAAAAUCUACAGUCACGUGAAGGGAAAGAUCCAGCAUGCGAUAGCAGACCAUUUUGGGAUUGAUAAAGGACAACUCUACUUGACUCAUCCCACAUUUUUCUCAAGAAUUACAUCUGCUCCUCCUAAAACUAUUCAUGAUGAAUAUUGGCAUCCUCAUGUUGAUAAGGAAACCUAUGAGUCAUUCCACUACACUUCAUUACUAUACCUAACUGAUUAUGGGCAGGAGUUUGAAGGGGGACGCUUUGUGUUCAUUGACAAGGAUUCCAACAAAACAGUGGAGCCCCGGAGAGGUCGGGUAUCUGCCUUCACCUCUGGCUCAGAGAACCUUCACUAUGUAGAGCAGGUCACACGUGGCACAAGGUAUGCUAUAACAGUCUCUUUCACUUGUGAUCCUAAACAUGCCAUUGAAGAUCCUAAACUGGAAAGAUAGCUGUAUUUCAGUGUUUUCUUAAUAUUUUUAUAUUUUCUGGUGUGCUUUGUAAGGCAGUGUGGGUUUUAAAUAUUUUUGUUUUGUUUCACAAAAAUGUGAAUAUCUUGUUCAAAUAUUCCUUAUACAUUCCUUAUUUGUUCAUAUAUAAACUUAAUUUUGUAUAAUAUAAUUUAUGAUGUUUAAGUUGUAGUGCAAAUUUAAUUAAGAAAUAUUUUACUUCUAAAGCUUACCACCUUAUGAAUAAAUGUCAUUCAGUA